CUGGUCGCAGAGGAAUGAAUGCACCACCUACACUGAACCCACAGCGGCGACCGGCCACACUGUCACAGCACGGCGAGCACUUUUUAACGGGAACCGACUGGAAUUAACUCCUCAGAGACGGAGGAAUACAUAUUUAAAAAACCGUCUGUCAGCGAUUCACCUGCGGACGAAAACCAUGCGCCCGAGGGGAGAGCUCUCGCGGUCUGCCCUCCCUCUCCUCUUCCUCCCCCUCCUCUUCCUCCCAGCCGUGGUCCAGUCGGCCCGCCAGCAGUGGCACCUCCAGCGGGUCCCGGUGGUCCUGCCCCUGCAGACGGACGCCCGCCCCGACCCCAGCUUCCUGUCGCCCGCCCACCUGGAGGUCACCUCCCCCUGCGACCCAGAGUGCCACCGGGCGGCGCCCCGGCCGAGCUACUGGGACCUGCGGGAGCUGCUGGCCUUCGAGACGCUGCACAGCAACGGCCACCUCACCGAGACCGCCGUCGGCAUCUACGGUUACGACCCCCGCGCCGACACCAGCCCGGCGUACCUCGUCGCGGACGCCGCCGCCGCCCCCCCCCCGACGAAGACCCCCAAGGCGCCGGUGCGGAGGAGGCGGCAGAUCUUCGGCCAUGACGGGCGCUUCAGCAUCGCGGGGCGGGACCACCUGCUGCAGUACCCCUUCUCCGUGGCGGUGAAGCUCUCCACCGGCUGCUCCGGCACCCUGGUGGGCGAGCGCCACGUGCUGACCGCCGCCCACUGCGUCCACGACGGGAAGAACUACGUCAAGGGCGCCCAGAAGCUCCGCGUGGGCUUCCUGCGGCCCAGCCAACGAGACCCCUCCCCUUCCUCCUCCGCCAACUCCACCAAUCACGCCGAGACGGCCCUGGGCUCCGCCUACUACUCGCCGCCGUCCAACCACAAGAUGCGCUUCCAGUGGAUCCGCGCCAAGCGCACGCACGUGCCCAAGGGCUGGGUGAAGGGCAACGCCAACGACAUCGGCAUGGACUACGACUACGCGCUGCUGGAGCUCAAGAAGCCGCACAAGCGCCGCCACAUGCGGCUGGGCGUGAGCCCGCCCGCCCAGCGGCUGCCCGGCCGCCGGGUGCAGUUCUCGGGCUUCGACAACGACCGGCGCGGCCAGCUGGUGUACCGCUUCUGCGCGGCGGGCGAGGAGACGGCCGACCUGCUGUACCAGCACUGCGACGCGCAGCCCGGCGCCAGCGGCUCGGGCGUGUACGCGCGCAUGUGGGACCGGCGGCGGCGGCGCUGGGAGCGGAAGGUGAUCGGCGUGUUCUCGGGACACCAGUGGGUGGAGCAGGACGGCGCCACCAAGGAGUUCAACGUGGCCGUGAGGCUCACGCCGCUCAAGUACGCCCAGAUCUGCUACUGGAUCCGCGGCAACUUUGUGGACUGCAGGGAGGGCUGA